CCGCCGCCGCCACUCCUGUCACCCUCGCGGCGGGAUUUCAUCUCGGUCACGCUCAGCGGCGGGCAGUUCCAGGCGGCGGGCGGCGGCUACAACAACAGCAAGGCCUGGCGGAGGCGUUCUUGCUGGCGGAGAAAUGUACCCUGCCAGAAUAGCCAAGACCAUUGCUUAGUCAGUCAGUAGAUGAGGCUGGUGGCAGGUGCGUUUUCUCGUUACUGGAUCGUUUCGAGAAAAGAAAAGACGCAUUUAGGGGUGUGGCGAGAAACCGCUGUGGCUGGUCUUUCAAGGAGUUUCUCCUUUGAGACGUUUAGCGGAGAAGUGGUUGUGUGUGCCUGGCAGCUGCCGUCCCACUGAACACGGGGGAAGCAGAAGGGAGCCGAGCAGCAGCCUUGUUCCAGGCCCCAUGCGUUGCAUUAAAUGGAAGCAGCUGUCUCGCCUUCAGCGGAGCAUCAUCCUCUUCCUCUUUGCCUUUCUGGUUGUCUGUGGAAUCAAGACGUAUGCAAAUAUGGCCGACCCGUGGAAAAGUGCAACCAGCAGAUCUUUGGAGGAGCAGAAGGCUGACCUUGAGAUCCCUGGAUUGAAUCCAGCAAAUCAGGCGAUUCUCCCGAUACCCCAGAAAGCCGAUGCCAGUCUCAGGGACUUUUCACCUCAAAAACCUCUGAAACACAUUCCUGCCCGGCGAGGGCCUCCGAAUCUGCAGAUCCGCCCCCCUUGGAGGGAGACGGAGGCCAGGUCCCAGGAAGAAGCUGUCCCAGCAGAGGGCAAACCUGGCCAGGCAGGACAGGGGCACCACCCGGAGAAGGCCGUCAUUAGUUGGAGGGGAGCCGUGAUAGAGCCCAACCCCAGCCCCGAGCCGCCUUCCAAGAAAAUAAACCACCCAGGCAGGCCUUCUGACGUGGCAUCCGAAGACCAGAAAGAGCCAGUGCCCUUCAAUAAGCGGCAGCUGGCUGUGAUCGAAGCCUUCCGCCACGCCUGGAGAGGUUACAAGGAGUUUGCCUGGGGCCACGACGAGCUGAAACCCAUCUCCAAGACCUUCAACGAGUGGUUUGGCCUCGGACUGACGCUCAUCGACGCGCUGGACACCAUGUGGAUCUUGGGCUUAAAGGCAGAGUUCCAGGAAGCCCGAGAGUGGGUCGCCAAGGAGCUGGACUUCCAGAAAGACGUGGACGUCAAUCUCUUUGAGAGCGCCAUUCGUAUCCUGGGGGGCCUGCUGAGCACUUACCACUUGUCUGGGGACAGCCUCUUCCUGGAAAAAGCAAAAGACAUCGGGAGCAGGCUCAUGCCCGCCUUCAACACCCCUUCCAAGAUCCCCUUUUCGGACGUCAACAUUGGGAAGGGCACAGCCCACCCCCCACGCUGGACCUCGGACAGCACUGUGGCCGAAGUGACCAGCAUCCAGCUGGAAUUCCGGGAGCUCUCGCGUCUGACUGGCGAAGAGAAAUUUAAGAACGCUGUGGACAGCGUGAUGAGACACGUCCACUCCCUCUCCGGCAAGAACGAUGGCCUGGUGCCCAUGUUUAUCAACACCAACAGUGGGCAGUUCACCCACCUCGGGGUCUACACCCUGGGGGCUCGAGCUGACAGCUACUACGAGUAUUUGCUCAAGCAGUGGAUCCAGGGAGGGAAGAAGGAGAACGAGCUCCUGGAAGAUUAUGUGAAGGCUAUUGAGGGCGUGAAGAGGCACCUGCUCCGGAAAUCCUAUCCCAAAAGGCUGACCUUUGUCGGGGAACUCGCUCACGGUCAUUUCAGUGCGAAGAUGGAUCACCUGGUCUGCUUCCUGCCUGGAGUGCUGGCUCUCGGGGCUCACAACGGGCUCCCUGCAGAUCACCUGACCCUGGCGGCGGAGCUGGCAGAAACCUGCUACCAGAUGUACGCCCAAGUGGAGACCGGCCUGAGCCCUGAAAUUGUCCACUUCAACACGCACCCGCAAAAGGACCGGAAGGACGUGGAAAUUAAGACGGCUGACAGGCACAAUCUGCUGCGUCCCGAGACAGUGGAGAGUCUCUUCUACCUCUACCGAUUCACCGGCGAUAAGAAGUAUCAGGAUUGGGGCUGGGAGAUCUUGCAGAGCUUCAACCAGUACACCCGGGUCCCGACUGGAGGCUACACGUCCAUCGACAACGUCCAGAGCCCCAGCAACCCGGAGCCGAGAGACAAAAUGGAGAGCUUUUUCCUGGGCGAAACCCUCAAGUAUUUUUUCUUGCUUUUUUCGGACGACGUCAACUUGAUCAACCUGGACCAGUAUGUCUUCAACACGGAGGCCCACCCGCUCCCCAUCAGGCCGUCGGCAUAAACCGAAGCCGUCAGCAGGCCCGAUUCCUGGGAGCCCAAGGGAGGGGUGUGGAAGGCGGAGCGACAUUCCUGGUGAAAGGGGCUUCCUGGAGGAAUUGUACGUGAGGGAAGGGGGGGGGUCUCCGGAACCACUGCCUCCUCUCCGGAAAAGGGGCACCCUAGCAAGGGACGGACAAGUGGGGAGCGUGGGGCUGGCUUCGACCCAGGGAGCACCCGAAAACUAGCUCCGCUCCGCUCCACCUCUCGGCGGGAGAGGCCCUUCAGGAGGGAAAGGGGCGGCCCUGUGCCAACGUCCCUGGGGCUGUGUCUUCCUUCCACGGCUGCAGGUGGGGGGGGGCGGGAAAGGGACGAUGCUCUCCAAGCCCUCCCCUCGAAAACAAGUGUUACUGCUCUCCUGAUCCCCGAGGGGGAGGAAUUUGUGCCCUGUUACAAACCGGGGGAGAAGCUGGAUGGGAUGGUAAAUAUAUAUAUAUAUAUUUUCUUAACUUAUCUGCAGCAAUGCAGGGAGAAAAAUGUGAAAAUUUUAAUUAUGGGGAAAGGGGAAAAAAAAACCCCAACCAGGACGUUAUCUAUGUAGGAAUUUGUGUGUGUAUAAUAUGGAUAAUGUUUUGGCUCAGGUAUCCUUCCGAAAACUGCUUCCUGCAUGAGUUCCUCUUCCAGGUUGGAGGCCCCAGGGGGAGGUUGACCUUUGAAAGCAUAUUGGGGGGUGGGGGAGGAGCUGGAGGUCAAGGAAGGAGCAGGUCCCAAUCCUUACCCCCCCCCGAGCGGAUUCUGCCCACUAGGAUUCCUGCCACGCCUCUCGCGCUUGAAAAAGCUCUCCCUGGAAAGUUGGGCUUAAAAAGCCAAGCGACUAACCAACUUUCGCUCAGCGGCUCUGAACUACCAGCCACGGAGGAAACCGCUCACUAAAGGUGUGAACUCACGAUACGUUUACACCGAAACGUGGCACGAAGGCUCGCUAGCUUCCGCUUUACGCUCGGUGGUGGUGGUUUUUUUGUCUGUCUCCGAGGCAGGAUAAGAGGUGGUGCCCCUUCCCCAGGCUCUCCGGCGUGGGCAGGGUCUGCCUUUCCGUGCCAGUCCUUCCUUUCUCUGUCUUUUCCCCCCGUUCGUUCUAGCUUCCGUGUCCCUCCCUCCUUUCUUCUCCCGGUCGCUCUAUCUCAGCACUUUAAAGUGGGGGCAGAGAGAAAGAUUCAUGGGACAAUCUCCCCCCUGCCCCCCGUUUUGGUGGGACUGAUUUUUGGGGGGUAUUUGGGGGCUUCCCUAAUUGUGCCAUUGAUGCUCGCUGCUGCUGCUCCUACCUGGGGGACGUUGAACGGCUGCUUUAAAUCCCCGCCCGGGAGAAGAGGGCCAGGCAGGCAGACCGGCACUGCCCCCCCUGUUGGCACAGAAAGGAACUGCAUGAGUUCAUGGCACCACUGGCGCUGCGGCAGAAAUCCCGGGCGGGAUCGUUUUCUGCGAGAAAGUGGGUGCAGAAGGACCGGGGAUCCCAUUUCUUCUCCCCGUCCCAACGACGUGCAUGUUACUCAAGACGCGUUUGGUGCUACCCGAGGGGUGGAUGGCGUGGUAAAGAUCAAAGACAAGAGCUGCUCAGAUCUCCCAGACUCCCUUCCUGCCCCCUGCAAUAUCACAAGGCUCAAGAGAGGGAGAGAAUCAAAGGCUCGGAACAGCCGACGCACAACAGUGUCACAAUCAGGAAGAUUUCUUCCCGCUCUUCUUACUGUCUCUCUGGACUGCUGGAGAACUUCACUGUCGCCAUGGUCUUUUCAAUGGCAUUUUGUUUUGGGGCCACAAACUUAA